AAUGAGUAAUUGAGUACUAUAUAAUACUGCACAAGGCUCUCUCUGUGCAAUUGACUGUCCCUACCAAAAUUAACUCUCUCUAUCUCUCUCUCUUUCUUUCUCUGUGUAAGAAGAGUCUUUAAAAGUGAGUAUAUUUCGACACAAACGAGCUCUGUCUGUAAUGGCAUGCUUAGAAAUGUACAACUCCAAUGGUGGUGGUGGAACUCCCAUGAGUCCUAGAAUCUCCUUCUCUAACGAUUUCGUUGAGAUUAGGCCAGAGACGACCAAGACGACGAGAUCAAGCCCUCUCUCUAAACAAGAGGGUUCUUCUUCUUCUUUUUCAGAUAAUUUCGAGUUCUCUGUCUCAAACUACACAAUGAUGCCAGCUGAUGAACUUUUCUCUAAAGGAAAGCUUUUGCCUUUCAAGGAAACCAAUCAAGUCCAGAGAACUUUAAGAGAAGAGCUUCUCGUUGAAGAAGACGAAGAAGAAGGUCCACGUGAUGCUACCAACAUCUUCUCUCUCAAGCCACCAAUCUUCUCAUCAUCUUCUUCUUCUUCUUCUUCUUCCAAGGGAAGGUGGAAAGGGCUUUUGGGCCUUAAGAGGGCCCAUGUUGGGUCUAAGAACAAUGAAGAGCGAUUUGUUCAUCAUAUGAUUAACAACAACAAACAAUCUCAGGAAGCAAUUGGUGGAAGAGAAGGGUCAAGUUGCAGGGAGAUGAAGAAGAGUAUGUAGAGCUUAAAAACAAAAAAGGCUUUCACUUGGUUUUUGUUUUUUUAGGAACAUGGCUGCUUCCAAAUUUUUAAAAAUUUAGAUUUAUGUUAAUCUUAGAUCUGAAAAAUUACUAAAAAAAAAGACACUUAUGUGUUGUUGACGGAGAUGGUUUAUUUCAUUAACUGUUUUCCACUACACAUGUUUCAUCGAUUCUUCUGAGUUUUUAUCUUGUUUUUUCUUUUUCUUUUGAAGGGUGUGAGUAUUAGAUCUAUCUUUGUCGACUAUUUGGAAUGGAUGUAGUUUUUUUUUUUGUCGUUGUACAAAAGAAAAAAAGAAGAACAGAGUGUGAGUAGUUCAGAAAAUUUAAGUUCCAGUUGUUUUUUAAAAUUGAAGCAACGCAUAUGUCUAUUGUCUUCGUCUUUAGACAUCUCUUGUCUGUCCAUUCGUUAUUAGCUAUUACCAUUCAACUCCAACUUCUCUCUCGUUGAC